AUUUUUCAACCCGUAGGCUGAGUUACGGUUUGCUCACUGAGAAAUCCUGUCGGUCUUUGGCUUCGGCUCUGAGGUCCAGCUUCUCUACUCUGAAAGCUUUAGAUCUGAGUGGCAACGCAAUCUGUGAUGAAGCAGUGAAAAUGCUCUCAAGUGGACUUGGAAGCCCUCACUGUAAAAUAGAGAUUUUGAGGUUAGCAUUGUGUGAGAUCACAGAGGUGGGUGUUGGUGAUUUGGCCUCGGCUCUUGUUUCUAACCCAGCUCAUCUGAGUGAGCUGGACCUGAGACAGAACCACAUAAAGGAUUUCGGUGUAUCAAGACUGGCUGAAGUGGUGAAGAUUUCCAACUGUAGGCUGGAGACUUUAUGUUUAGGAGACAGUGGGGUCACAAAGGAUGGUUGUGCUGUCCUCGCUGCUGCUCUAAACUCAAACCCAUCGUAUCUGAGAGAGCUGGACCUGAGCAGUAAUGAGCUCACAGACGCAGGGAUGAGGCUCCUUUCUCCUGUCCUGAGGAAUCACAGCAGCAACAUUAUGAAAUUAGAUUUGAGUCAGUGUUGUUUAACCACGGCCUGCUGUGAUUCACUGGCUGCAACUCUUGAAGAAAAAUCCUCAAGUCUUAGAGAACUGAAAUUAGGAGUAAAUAAUCUGCAAGAUCUGGGAAUUAAAAUCCUCUGUGCUGGAUUGGAAAAUCCACAUUGUCAGCUGGACACUUUAGGCCUGUCUAAUUGUGGGGUCACAGGGGAAGGUUGCACAAUUUUAUCCUCUGCACUGAGAUCUAAGCACUCACUUUUAAGAGAGCUGGACCUGAGUGAAAACAAUCUUACAGAUUCAGCCGUAAGGCCAUUAUCUGUCUUGCUAGAUGAUCCAGACUGUAAACUAGAGAAACUUAUCACACAUCAACAUUUGAUGGAAGUGUAGCAGAAUGCUGCCAUACCUCGCCACGUAUGACUGCACUUCUUCUUGUUGGUAAUUUAUAUGAUGCUUUCAGAUGUUUUAUUUUUAAAUCCUUUAUUUAUAUUUUUCUUAUCUUACACGGUUAUAUUCUAGUAUGAAUUACUGAGCAGAGAAUUCAAUUGCACUGCAGUAGUGUUGGUUAUACAAAACCAUGCUUUCCAUUUGAUACUAAUAUGUACUAUGUACAGUUACAAGUAUGUUACAAGUUGACUGAUGCACUGCUGUUGUUUUCAAAAGACGGGCCAAGAUGUGCAUGUUUGUUUUUUAACUCAUAAGAAAAGGCUCAGAGCCUCUUAACUGUAAAGGUCACCAACACUAUUUCCACUGCACUAUGAAAACGUGUCAUUACAAGAUGUAGCUCUAAAGCAAUCAGGAAGGUGGGUUGCAUACAUUUAAUUGGUUAUAAUGUUUUUCGUUUAUGUAUGCAUGUUUAAAUUAUUGCCAUCAUUUAUUUUUUAAUGUAUGGUAAGACAAUUAUAAUGUAAAACCUUAAGUUACACGCUGAUUUUUAUACGUAUGUGUACAUGUCAUUUAUUUAGAGAAUUUCUGUGAAACUUUUUUUUGUAUCAAUAAACCAUAAUACAA